AUGGCUGCUCUGUUGCCUCACGCAAUCCCCCCAGCCACCACUCCGACCUGGCCAUCCCGAUCUACCUCGCUGCCCAUGUCGAUGCGCCAGAAGUCUUGUCGCGCCUCGGCUGCCGAGGCCAAGUCACCCGACUACCUCCCUCAGUCGCUCUUAGAGUCGCUACAUGGCAUGCCGCUCACUUCCGAUGAAUGGUCCAAGGCUAUCGCCGACGUCAAGAGAGAGUAUCUCAACCGCCGCUACCGUCCCUGUGCGACUCGAUGUUGUGAGAUCUUGGAUAACAUCAAGGACUCUAGUGUCAUUGAGCCUGCCUAUCUCAUCUACCUUCACUUCUACGCUGCCAGCUCUUUGGAAAUGCUCGCCCGCGCUCUCAACCAAGGCUCUGCAACACGCACUUCCCUCCUUCACCAGGCCCGUGAUCACUACCAACGCGCUUCCACCCUCAUCAACGCUGCCGACUCAGCUGUCGGUCCAGCCCUCCUCCGCAGACCCUCUGGCACUACCACCACCCUCCCCAGUCUUCACUCCGCCGACAGCUCAGUCAGCUCCUAUGCCUCGUCAACAUGGACCUCAUCCCACGGGGCCUCCCCGGCCUCCUCUAUCUCGUCGAUCCAGGACACGCCUCGCCCCAAGCGCAAGAAGCGUGUGACUUUUAGUGAAGUGCCCAUCGAACUCCUCGAGCGCCCCGACUCGCCGACCCUAGGUCUCGGCAGCUUGCUAGGUUCCGUCCGCUCAGCGUCGCCCGAUCCCCUUGACGCCGAGUCGUCCGUCAUGCCGGCACCCAUCCGGCCCUCGGCCCCUCUCCCCCGAUCAUGCCUCACCCCACGCUCUGCCCCGGCAGAGUCCGUCUCCUACUCCGACUCUGAACUCGACCCCUUCCGCCACGCGCGCUCGGUGCAUCGCUACAGCGCUCUUCUGACCAGCCUGCAGCGACAGGUUUUUCGGCAUCUGACCUUUAUUGAGUCGGAGCUUCUUGAGAUCGUCGCUCAAGAGGCAGUGCCACCAUCUCCUGUUUCCGUUAUGGUGGUGCAUCCUGUGCAUCCUUCCAUCGAUGCAGGCCGCUCACCGGAGCUGCAGGCCCGCAUAGAGCGGCUGCGAGCCAAAGGAUGGGAACGAAAGCGGUUCGAUGCACGGCGCUAUGAGGAGCUUCGCGAGAGCGCCGUGGCGGACCUGGUAGAUUGA